CAAACAAAAGUCUUUAAACUGUUGUGAAAUUUGUAGGGUUCGUCAAGGUAAUCUUUAUUUUAUUUUGAGAGUAAACAAGAAUUCCAAUAUGAAUAGAAUAUUUGGAAGAGGAAAACCCAAGGAACCAGGGCCAAGCAUCUCGGACUGCAUUAGCAAUGUUGAUGGCAGGGCUGAUAAUAUUGAGCAAAAAGUCCAGAAGCUGGAGACAGAACUUAGAAAAUAUAAAGAUCAAAUGAACAAAAUGAGAGAGGGGCCAGCUAAAAAUUCAGUUAAACAAAAGGCGAUGAGGGUUUUAAAGCAAAAGAAAAUGUAUGAACAACAACUUGAAAAUCUACGAGCUCAAUCUUUUAAUAUGGAACAAGCAAACUAUGCAACACAGACACUCAAGGACACACAUGCAACUGUAGCCGCAAUGAAGGAUGGUGUUACACAGAUGAAGAAAGAGUUUAAGAAAAUUAAUAUUGAUGCUAUUGAGGAUGUUAAUGAUGAGCUUGCGGACAUGUUGGAACAAGCUGAUGAGGUGCAGGAAGCGCUGGGCCGCCAGUACGGCAUGCCAGAGAUUGAUGACGACGAACUUGCUGCUGAAUUAGAUGCUCUUGGUGAUGAGAUCGCCCUUGACGACGACGCUUCUUACCUCGACGACGUAGUAAAGGCCCCGGCGGCUCCCGACAAGGAGCCCGGCGCGGACAGCGUGCGCAACAAGGACGGAGUGCCCGUCGACGAGUUCGGCUUGCCGCAAGUACCCAGCGCGGUACAAACCUCACGCUGAUCGCACUUACACCGUGGUACAGGUCAUUCUAUUGUUACUCACUAUUGUUUUAACUACAUCGUUCACUGUGCUCUUUGAGGAAGCGAGAAACCGUUACAUGCUCUGUUGAGCACCAUCUCCCUCUUACAAUUCGUUUAAAAAACUUAAAAAGGCAGCACUGAUUUCUUUAUUGUAUCAGAACUUUCACUCGAGUAUUAUUGAACCCCCCUAUCAAUGACAAUGAACCAUGAAAUUGGGUAUUCAGGAGCUUUGUCAACUACUUCUCAUUGCUGAGGUUUAUGUGUCAGCACAAUUAAUUAGUAUGUCAAGUAGGGUGUCAUGAACAAAUGGUUGAUCUAGUUAUACCAAGACCCACAUUGACGUAAUAAAAAAAAACAAAUGAUUAAGAGUUUAAUUUUUUGAAGGUUCCGAUAAAAUAUCCGAAAUCAAGUACAUUGUCUCGACAAAAUGUGAAAUGCUUAUAGAUUACUUCUUAACUUGGUUUAUGUACAGCAUUUACUUUUUAAUCACCUGUGUCAUGAUCAUAAUACCUAUUCAUAGUACUCAUAAUUAUUACCUGUACUGCAUAAUGUAUCAUAAUAUUCUUCACUGCAUGUUGUAUUAUACUAAGAGCUUAGUAAUUUCACUUUGUAACAUUAAUUUUUACUUUAAAGCGGAAGGAACACGAGCACUUUUGUUUUAUUUGAUGAGUAAACAACUCGUUUUUGUUCAUUGUAAUUAUUUGAUAUCAUAAUUUUACUUUUAAAGCAUUGAUAUAUGAUAACUGUCAAAUGUCUUUCAUUGUUGGUCAUGGUUAGUUUUUGCAAAUUCAACCUUCUGUAGAUGUCUUAAAGUUUGAUAUAUGAUGCGAGACUAAUAGUGCGGCCACACAAUUUUAAUAGUUGUGGACAUUUUGGGCAGAAUGACUUGGGUGGUUGCUUUUAUACAUGAAUGUUUCAAAAUAAUUAAAUAAAAAAGAAAAUUGUUUUUUUUUCUCCUUAUUUCUUAUAGACUUUUUUUUGGUUCGACUCUGAUUUGGCAUCAUACAAAGUGAAAUAAUAAAUAUAAAUUUAUAAAACAUGUUUUGUGAUUCAAAUUUUAUAAUUAGUUGCUGUAACUUUAUAUGUAAAUGUAAUCUAGUUAUUAUCAUUUUUAUAAACUUAAGUUAUAAUAAACAAUCUUUGUAAA